AUGGCCUAUAUAUCUCUUCACUCCACCUUGCUUGCCCAUGCUCGUUCCUCCCUCCCUCCCCUGCAUACCUCAAUCCCCUUCCAACAACCCACACCUUUCCAGCUCUUCCAACCCAUCAAGGCAGUGCGCUACAGCAUGCUCCUCCCCUCGCCCUACCCCAUUUCCCUCCCUCAUUGCUUUCCUCAUUGCCUCUUCCUCCUUCUCUACCCUCCAUUCCACCACCCGAAAUCCCACACCUUUCCACCUCUUCCAGCGCAUCAUGGCAGGGUGCUAUGGUGUGCAAUGCAGCUCUCUCCACCCUUCCUUCUCUACUGCAUGCUCGUUGCUUCCCCUCCCUUUAUCCCCCCUUCCCUCCACUCCUGCCCUUCCUACCAUAAUGAAAUAAUCUCUGUGCCUCUUGCACCAUUCACAAUCUUCCCCACCCCACUCACCUCCUCCCACCCCACUCACCUCCUCCCACCCCACUCACCUCCUCCCACCCCACUCACCUCCUCCCACCCUACUCACCUCCUCCCACCCCACUCACCUCCUCCCAUUCCACUUAUCUCCUCCCACCCCACUCACCUCCUCCCACCCCACUCACCUCCUCCCAUUCCACUCAUCUCCUCCCACCCCACUCACCUCCUCCCACCCCACUCAUCUCCUCCCACCCCACUCAUCUCCUCCCACCGCACUCACCUCCUCCCACCCCACUCAACUUCUUCCACCCCACUCACCUCCUCCCACCCCAAUCAUCUCCUCCCACCCCACUCAUCUCCUCCCAAACCACUCACCUCCUCCCACCCCAAUCAUCUCCUUCCACCCCACUCACCUCCUCCCACCCCACUCACCUCCUCCAAUAGUGCCCCGUCCAUCCUUCCUACCCUCUCCAACCGUCAGCUGCUCAUUCUUUCAACACUGCCGUGCUAUGCCCAUCACCUCACCUCAUCUCAAAUGCUUUCAUCCGUCCAGUGUAUGAACCAACUUUCCCCCUCCACCUCAGGUCCUCCUCCUCUGCCCGCCAUCACCCUCUCGUAUGCUCCCACACCAUACCAGGCAAGCAGCAGCACUGUUGUCAUCGCAUCUCCAGGCCGCAUCCUUCCCUCUCUUCCACAUCACCUACACUGA